CGUUCAUUAAGAUGGCUGUAAUGAAAUUAUGCUUAUUGUAUUAUGAAGAUUACUUGAAGGAGACCACAACGAGGAGUGGCACCGAAUUAACGUUUAUGGCGAUACAUUCGACCUGCUUUUUAACUCAAAAAAUGGAUACAAAACGAAAAGGUAAGAACGUAUGACCUGUUUAUUCAAUGACAUUCUUAUUAAACUCAAGCUUUACAGGUCAGAAUGUCAUUCACAAACGAUCAAAGCUUUGAAAGCGAAUGAUCUGAUAGAUAUGGAUGAGAAAGAUAUUCGAUUGGGUUUCGUUUUCACGAACUUGGCUGGAAUUGAACACGUGUUCUUCUGUGAAAGACAAACCUACAAGCAAAGUGUCGAACAAGGACAAGAGAAAGCACACUCCGUCACUGGUCUAAUUUCCUGCCUUACCAAGAAUGCAUCCAGCAUUUGUGCACUUUGUCAUAUCACUUCAACAAGCUAAAUCUGCGCAUAAGGGGAGGAAGAUUAUAAAUGGGAUAAUUAUUCAUACUUGCUUAAAAGAAGUAUCUAUCCCUCUUUCUGAUAAUAAUGGUGCUGGCAUCGCUGAAUAUUUAGUCGCUGUCAUUUCAUUAGCUGUAAGUA